GUCAGUGUGUGUGACGUGUGUCCCAGAGUGUACACUUUUCAUUUCGACAAAUUAACACAUCUGUCAACAAAUUUGCAGUUAGAUGAAAAUGCUCCCACCAACGAUGGGUGCCGGUCAUGUCAUGGCAGCCGCUAUGGUCAGUAGUUGAUGGUCAGCUUAGAGGUGGUUAACAACAGGGGGAAGCUGACAUCGUAAAAAUAAAAAAAUCGCAUCUUCUGAAUUUCUACUAGAGGACCCCGGUGGAGGUGUGACACACCAUGGUGGCGGAGUGGAUCGCCUGCCUGGAUAAACGGCCAUCAGAGCGUACCGGCGAAGACCUGGACAUCAUCUACUCCCGUCUCAAAGAUGUCAAAGCCUUUGAGAAGCUGCAUCCUCUCCUCCUGCAGCAGAUCUGUUGCUAUAGUUACUACGAAGAUCUAGAGAAAGCGAUCACGCUGUUCCGACAGGGAGACAUCGGAACAAAUUGGUAUGCAGUUCUCUCAGGAACAUUGGACGUCAAUGUGUGCGACAGGGAAAUUGGAAACACCAAGGAGGCUGUGACGAUAUGCACGCUUGGAGUUGGCACGGCAUUCGGUGAGUCCGUCCUGAACGAUUCCCCACGUCAUGCGACCGUCGUCACCAGUGAGUUCUGUGAGCUUCUGCGUAUCGAGCAGAAAGACUUCAAGACGAUUUGGGAGAGAAACCGACAGCUGAUGGAAGGGAUGCUAGCCCCAAAUCCACUCUCAGUGCCUUCCAUAGUAAGCACCGUCACUACAGACAGUAUAACCAACCAGGGAAUGAACAGCUUUACACCAAUGCCAGCAAGGAUAAGGUCACACUCAGGAGGACAGGGUUCUUCCAAGAAAACUCUUGAAGGAUUGGAACCAAUACAUCCAGCCCUUCCUAUCGUCAAGACCCCGUCAGAGCGCUUAAGUCGAGCAGGUUUCGUCCUACGCACCAUCCUCCUGAUGCGUUCCCCGCAGAUGAUCCGAGAUCGAAAGUACCACCUCCGCACGUACCGACGCUGUCUCGUGGGCUCGGAGAUGGUGGACUGGUUGAUACAACAAAGCCCGAUGACGUUGGUUCAUUCUCGGCAACAGGCUGUAGGGAUGUGGCAAGCUCUACUUGAAGAAGGUGUCAUCACACACGUGUGUCGAGAGCAUCCCUUCAAGGAUAAGUACCUCUUCUACCGUUUCCGUGACGAUGACAUGGGCAUCGGUAGCCAGCCGGGGAACGCUGAGAAGAAAGAAGCCGAGGACGAGUUUCAAGACACUCUGGUCAUCCUCGCCCAGAUCGGCCCGGAUGCUAUGAUGAGAAUGAUCCUACGAAAACCCACACCACUGAGAGCAUGGGGGUAUGAUCGACCCCCUUGGCUAAUGGAGUUGGCUCGUCGACUUCAGCAAGCCGAUAUUUACAACAGAUUGAACCUCUCAUGUAGACCCAUGGAACGCUCGGUUGAUGAUCUGGAGAUUAUUUAUGAGGAGUUACUCCACAUCAAAGCGUUGGCGCAUCUCUCCACGAUGGUCAAGCGAGAACUCGCUAGCGUCUUAGUGUUUGAGUCUCACCAAAAGGCCGGUACUGUCUUAUUUAAUCAGGGUGACGAAGGUAAAUCUUGGUACAUCAUCCUCAAGGGGUCCGUUAAUGUCGUCAUCUAUGGGAAGGGCGUGGUCUGCACACUCCAUGAGGGGGAUGAUUUCGGGAAGCUAGCUCUCGUUAACGACUCACCGCGAGCUGCCUCCAUCGUUCUCAGAGAAGAUAAUUGUCAUUUGCUGAGAGUUGAUAAAGAUGACUUCAAUCGGAUACUAAGGGAUGUAGAAGCCAAUACAGUAAGAUUAAAGGAACACGGACAAGACGUCCUAGUCUUAGAGAAGAUUCCAACAAAUAACGGUCAGAGACAGGAUGGAGCACCCAUCCAUUACAACUAUUCUGUCAGCACUUGCACAAACCCAGGAGAGGUUUGCCCAUAUCGUCGUGGGUACUCCGUUAUGGCUGGUUCCCCAGAGAAGAUGCUGGAGCACAUCUUGGAGACGAGGAUCGACAGCAAACAAGACGAGGCGGACACAUUCCUUGAAGAUUUCUUAUUGACUCAUAUCGUCUUCAUGUCAAGCAAGCUACUCUGUCCCGCUCUGCUCACACAUUAUCAUGCAGACAUCGUCCAGGCAACGGAACAAGAAACAAUAGAUUACAUCGUCAACAAUAAGCGACGUGUUAUCAGACUCGUUUGCCAGUGGAGCGUGAUUGCCGGCUCGGCAUUCCAAGAAGAUGCUAUUAUAACAUCAUUUGUUGAGACAUUAUUUUCGGCAAUCUGUGACGAUUGUCGCAUCUACAGCAGUCUUCAAGAUGAGCUGGCUAACUUGGAGAGAGUUCUCCAUCUGGUGCGGAGGAUGGAAGAGGAGCAGGCACACACAUGGCAGGUUCAGAGACAGGGUUUGGGCGAGUUUCAUCGGUCAGAAGACGAUACACCAAGGAGAAGACCGAUCAAAGCAACCGAUGAAAAUAUCUUCAAGGUGUACUGUGCAGACCACACGUACACCACGCUGCGAGUACCGAUGAGCACAGCUGCCGGAGCGAUCGUACGAGCCGUGUCAGAGAAAAUGUGCCUUGGGGAGGAUCUAGUAUUGUGUGAGAUUAAAUCAACAGCUGAGCGUAUUUUGUUCAAAGAGAAUGACAUCUGCGUAACGGCAGCUCUGAGUCUCAAUGGUAGAAUAUUCGUAUCGCCACGGGAACACCUUGAUGCUUUGACGCCAAUUCCUGAGCAAGAGGGGCUAUCAGAGAGCACGGCAUCCAUUUUUGAGUUAAUGGGAUCGAAGGAAGUUGCGUACCAGAUGACGCUUUAUGACUGGGAGCUCUUCAACUGUGUUCACGAGUUUGAGUUUAUCUACCACACAUUUGGGCGGCAGAAGUUCGGCCACAUCACGGCCAACUUGGACCUCUUCCUCCGUCGUUUUAACGAGGUGCAGUUCUGGGUGGUCUCUGAGCUCUGUCUUACAAACAAUGUCAGCAAGAGAGUACAGUUACUGAGAAAGUUCAUCAAGAUCGCUGCAUAUUGUAAGGAGUACCAGAAUAUGAACUCUUUCUUUGCGAUCGUGAUGGGCUUAAGUAAUAUCGCCGUCUGUCGACUCACACAAACUUGGGAGAAACUACCGAGCCGUUUCAAGAAGACGUAUGCGGAGUUUGAAGCAACAAUGGACCCAUCUCGUAACCAUCGCGUCUAUCGUCUGUCUGUUUCUAAGAUGCAACCUCCCAUGAUUCCGUUCAUGCCUCUAGCCAUUAAGGACAUGACCUUCACCCAUGAGGGAAAUAAGACGUACUUCGACGGCCUGGUCAACUUUGAGAAGAUGCACAUGAUAGCAUCAACAAUUCGUACCAUCAAGUAUUGUCGCAGCGAGCCCUUCACUGCAGACCCCCCACCUCCCGUUAAAAACAUCAGUGAGAUACGCAACUACGUCAGAAAUCUCAGAGUCAUCGACAACCAGCGAGUCUUAACACAACACUCUCACAAGCUGGAACCUCGCAGGACGUGACGAUAAGCAUCUCGUUACGUACAGGGUCUUGAGAUUAUGUUUCUUGCCACUCCGAUAUGUCGCUCCAAGAAAUGAGUGGCAUGAUACCGUUCAGGGUGUUUGUUGUAGGAUUUACGCGGACAGUGGUUCCUUUUCCCCCAACUCAAAAGAGUAGAUGCAGUCUGAUAUCUCGUCAAGCCAAAGAAAAAGAAGAAAAAGGAAUUCAACUGUGCCAUCAUGAACGCCACAAACUGAUUGGUCAGUAAGUGAACUAUGACCCCGCCUCUGGCGGUGUGCCAGUUACCCCAAAACCUUUUUUCUCUCAUUUGAUGGAACAAUUACACUAGGUAUUCCUUUUCCCACUUCUCAAAAGUCUGAUACCUCGUCUAGCCAAAGAAGAAAGAGAAAAAGGAAGUCAGCUUUGCCGUCAUCUAUGCCAGAGUCUGAUUGGUCAGAACAUGAUCUAUAACUAACCUCUGGCUAUGUGCCAGUUAUUCCCCAAAAACAUUUUCUCAAUUGAUGAAAUAAUUAUUUCUUAAGAGAGAAUUGCUGUAGCUCCAUGUGAAUAUCUCUUUUGAGUAGUGUUGGAUCUCAAAAGAACAAGUGGUUAACGACUCAACAUUUUGAUCAGUCUGCCUGAUCUCCAGGGAAUUAGACUGGGACUUUAAGGAAACGAGACUACACCACAUGAGUACCAAUGAUUGGAGAAAAUGAUUCUAUGAGACAGGGUGUAACAUGUGGUGGUUAUAUUACCAGUGAAAGACAUCCAGGUGUGUCUAGGUGCCAGACUUGAAUACACAAACCCGAAGAGAGGCAGCAGAGUCUGUUGGAAUUUUUUUUUUAGUUGAACAUGCCCCAAAAUAUGGGGAUAAUAAUAUAGUAAAGUUUAACAAGAAAACAAUUGUGCUGCAUUCUCUUCAACAGGAAGUUAUUUGUACAUUUUUGUAAGGUUGAAAACUAUUACAAAACUUGUAAUAAUAGAAGGAAAUAUUUAUAAUUCCCAAUAUUUUUUAAGAUAAUAUUUAAAAAUGUGUUUGUAUAUACUGACCUCCGAUAUUCUUUAUUUGGAACCAUUGAAUUGUCUUAAUUGUCUGGCUUUUUUUUGUCCAGACAGAGUUUGCCAAUGAUAAUCGGGUGGGAGGGGUUGUCUUCUGGAAGAUAAAAUCCAUCGAUGAUCCCAGAAAAAAAAACUUUGUUUAGAAAGCCCUUUGCAUGUUCUUCGGACCCAACGACAAUUUAUGUUUCUUUAUUGAUGAUUUUUACAGCAUUCUUUUUGGUAACAAGCGUAUCUUGAGUUUUCAAAAACGCUGCUCUCGCACACAAAUGCUCCGUGCGAAAAAACUUCAACUUCAAAUUUCAACUUGUUUUGUGUGUACAUCUGGGUUAUUUGAAGAAGGAUUUGAAACUUUGCAUGGUGGGAGUAUAAUCAAGUGAGGUUUGAGGUACAACCAUGUGAAAAUCUCUUUCGGGAUUUUAAUUACGAAACGAUCUCAAGACAAUUCAAAGCCGCACAAAACGCAAGUAACCCGUCCUAACGUAGGAUGGGUUCAAUGCAUCCCAACAUCUAUGGAUAUACAGAACUUAACUUGUUUUAAGUCCUUAGAUUAGUCCUAAGUAAGAAGAUUUUGGUGAAAUCAAUGUUGACGGCUGACUUUCUUGCAGUUACACAAUGAUGUGUACCCUUCACACCAUUCACCACAAAAUAUACCCCAGGUGCAAUUUCAAGAAUAUGAGAAACCUUUUAUCCCAUUAUAUACAAAGAUGUCUUUAAAAAUUUCUUUAUUUUUCUUCCAAAUAAAAAUGUUUAAUUUGGGUGCUAAAUUAUUUUGGUGUUACAAUAGCUAAAUAGUAAAGCUGGUUUUAUUUUUUUAUUAACAAAAAUAACACAUACCUAACAUUUUUUUUUAUGUAUUAAUAUUUACUGCUAGUGUGUUGGUUUGUACACUGUAAAUUUCAAAAGUGUAGCUAUAAACAAUCAAAGCAUUAGGGCCCAAUUUCAUGGCUCUGCUUACCGCCAAAUUCUGAGCUUGUGGUCACCUUUCUCCGCUUUCACGGCAAUUGCGGCGAAUUUCUGCCCUAGACUUGUAAGCCUAGAGUGCCUAGUAAUGCGGAGUACGCAACGCGCAAAUCAAAAUUCCCCGCUAACCAGGGGUGAAAUACGCUUGACGUAAGCACAGAAUUUCCUGCUUCUGCGAGUGCAGAUUUUUUGCUUAAGGUAAACAGAGCCAUGAAUCUGGACCCAAAUCAAUGGGUCAUAUUUGACCUUUGACCUUGGUAGCUCAAUCCAAAGUCAAAGAGGGGGAAGCAUGGUGGCCAAACAGUAUUUGGAAAUAUUAUUUCAUUUCAUUUCAAGCCAUUUAUUUCCUUUCCGACAGAGAAUUUUCAUAAUAAUAACAAAGAACAGUAAGAGGAUCGUUAGAAAUGGGGCCGUAGUCAGAAAAUCCAAAGCUUGUGGGAGAUGCCUCGACAAACAAAACAUUAAUGGACUUGCGUUAACAAAGUACUGUGUGGUAAUGUGUUGUAACACAGUUUUUCGCCAUUACUUGGACGUGAAUACACCAAUGCAUUAACGCACCAUGAGCAUCUCUGACCAAUGAUGUUGAUGCUCAACUACAAACGUCAACGCGACUUGAGUCUUUUACUCGAACUUUACUUGAACGCAAGCAUUGAAGUGUCAGUAUUAAUGGAGGAAGCAUAGAAGUGUCAGUAUUAAUGGAGGAAAACACUGAUAUGCAUGUACACAGGACAUGUGAAAUUGAACUAAAAUGGGUUUGUCUAAAUUUCCAAUUUAUUUUUCCUUUGAAAGCUCAUAUGUACCCAGAUCUCAGACUUUGUGGCAAAUAUUACUGAAGUAUGACACCUGUCCAAGCUUUGUAUUUACUUACAUGUACAUGUACCAGUUGUACUACUACUGCGGUCUGGCAUGCCAAAGUACUGAUUAUUAUAGUGAGUGGUGUAAAGUUUGUCAAGCUGACAUCCGGGUAUUUUGAGCAAAAGUGACAUCUUUAGUGCAUAGUGCUAUUCAUAAGACCAUAGCCCAAUUUCAAGUAGUAAAACUUGCUAAGCACAGAAAAAAUCUUGCUUAGCAGCCGACAUUCUAUCAAGUUUAAAUCGUGUUUCGACUGGUACCCCACUCAUUGUUUGCUUAGGCAAUUGCUAAGCAUAUUUUCUGAAGCAGUAUUUUUCUGUUAGAGCCAUUGGACCCUUGUGAAACAGUGUUGUCCAAGGCCCACACUUUGUGUACCACAACUUCUAUGUCAAAUAACA